CAGCAUCGGUCCCAGUAAACAUGCUUUGUUUCGUAUGCGACUGCUUUUAGAUAGUCAUUGGGCAAACCCAUUUUGGAAAAUACACCACCAAUAUCUCUUUUAUCUUGAGCACUGUAUUAUUACAUUGUCCAAUUGAGAUCACAGGUCGUGUUCGACACCCUCCGCAAUGCCUCAGAGCGCUUCGCCCUUUCUCCACAUGGGGCAGCCCAAGGCCAAUUCCCUCGCCAUCAUCCACCUCUCACGCGACCGACUCCAGCCGCUUUAUCUCGAAGAAAUUGAUGGCGAACAUGACGGAUACGCCGAGGGCGCCGUGCUAAACACGCGAUUCGGCUCAUUCCCGCACUCGACCUUCAUCGGUGUGCCUUGGGGUUCCCAGGUCCGUGCUUCAAAAGUCGACACGGGCUCGAGGGGUCGCAAGCCUCAGCAGAAGAAGCGCAAGCGCGAUGGCCAAGAUGAGGCAGAGCCAAAGACCACUGAGGUAGACGAGCAGAGCACCCCGGCGGAGGGCGAGCAGAAGGCCGGGGCCAAGCAGGCCGUCGCCGCAGCGAGUGGGUUCGUUCACAUCCUGGCCCCGAGCCCGGAGCUAUGGACCAUGAGUCUGCCGCACAGGACGCAGGUUGUGUAUACUCCAGACUACAGCUAUAUCCUGCAAAGGAUACGAGCGCGGCCUGGGAGCAAGAUCAUCGAGGCGGGCGCGGGGAGCGGAAGUUUCACACAUGCCUCGGCAAGGGCUGUCUACAACGGUGUGCCUGGCGCUACUGAUGAGGGUUCAAGGCUGAACUCUAUAGACUCUGGGAAGGGCCAGGUCUUCAGCUUUGAGUUCAACGAGCCGCGGUAUCAGUCAAUGUGCAAAGAGAUCUCAUCCCACAAGCUGGAUGACAUCGUUCGCAUCACACAUCGUGACGUUUACAACGACGGUUUCCUAGUAGAUGGCCAGAGCCCAAAUGCGGAAGCAGUGUUUCUCGAUGUUCCUGCGCCCUGGCAAGCGCUGCCAAACCUGGUACGGAGAAGAUACAAGGUUCUGGAAGACGAACCUACCGCCGAUGGCCAGCCGCCAGCGAAAAGACAAGUAGUGGAUGACGGUUACGUUUCGCCUUUAAACCCCAAGAAGAGUGUAUAUCUUUGCACAUUCUCUCCAUGCAUUGAGCAGGUCACGCGUACAAUCUCGACAAUGCGCCAACUGGGCUGGAUGGACAUUGAGACCGUGGAUGUCUCCAACAAGCGCAUCAACGUCAAUCGCGAAAAGAUCGGGCUCACUGUCGCGACCGAACGCGGCAUGGCGCAGACCCCAGUGGACGUAGACGAGGCGGUCGGGAGGCUGAGAAAGAUUGAGGCGCGGGUUCGGGAGCAUCAAAAAGCGAUACACGAUCCCGAAAUCGAGGACGCGGAUGCUUACAUGAGGGAUACCUACGAAGACCCGGCGGACGACAGUGUCGCCGAGGGGUCCUCCACGCUACCGCCGUUCAUGCAAGGGCGGCUGGUUACACGGACCGAGGCAGAUGUCAGGACCCACACGUCGUACCUGACAUUUGCGGUGCUGCCGCGCGAGUGGACGGCCGAGGAUGAGGCCGCCGCCCUGGCGAAAUGGCCCUGUGGCAAAGAGAACCAAGUCAUUGGCAGUUUGGAUAAGAAUGCACGCAAGCAGCAGAAGCGGGAUAUGUUGGAGGCGAAGCGGAAGAAGAAGUCGGCGAACAAGGAGAGGAAGGCAGCAGCAGAACCAGUCCCAAGCGACCGAGCUGGACAAGGAAUCGAACCCUCAACUGAAGCGUGAGCGAGGAUCCGAGGAUGCAACUGAUCAUGGGGCUUCUGGUCAUGAUCCAAAGAGAGCGAGACUUGAUCAGUCAUGAUGUCAGGGAUGGAUUGUCGAACUGAUGCGGACGGUUCACGAGGGGAUGGGGUUGCCAACAAAAACAGCUAUAGUCGAGUCGAGUCGAGUCUUACUGAUACCCUUUGAAUACUAUACAAUCCAAGGUGGCUGCCAAAGGAUCCGUUUCUCAAUGCAAUCCUUUUUUUGAUUCACGAA